AAUUCGCUUCGAUUGUUCGCUAUUACCUAGACAUUAGCUUAAUCGACGCGAUUAGACUACAGAAAAUCGACCUACGUUUUCGCAUCUCAUGAUCCCGCGAAAUCGGGUGUAUGGGGGCGAAGACGCAACGCGUAUACCUCGCUAAGCUGCAUUAGCACUCAAAGGAAAUCCCUACAUCUGGCUCGACGCGGAAUCCUACGGCUUACAACAAAAGCCAUCCUCGAAAUUGAUUAAUUCAAAGAUAUCGCUCAAUUCAGUUGUAUUGAUUGCGACCUAUACUUCAUUUACCUGGAGUGGUGACUACUGGCGAUUAUCUAACUUCAAGUCGACGCGACGAUCUCGUGUCGAGAUCUCGACUUCGACCUUCUUUCAGCUCUUUCAACCUAACUAAACGAACUAGACCAUGUCGCAGCCUAAUAACUCGAAUGUCUCGGUUGGACAAGGCAAUCCAUUACAAUCUCAAAGUCAACUUAGCAGUCAGAAUCAAGUAUUCAAUUAUUCUAGCAACAACUCCCAAGAUACUACCGCCUCGAACGAUACCGAUCGCAUCUUCACUCCACCAGAAAGCGACAGCGAAGUCAGUAAUGGAAUUGGAAAUGGUCGUUUAUCGAGUCAAGAGUUUCAACUUUUACAACUAUCCCAACUUGCUGCCGCACAACAAAAAAUGGAUGAAAUAGACGGAACAUCAGCGAAUGGUGGUCAGUCGAAGAAGAGGAUGGCCGACGGCGUGGUUAAACACGUGAGGAACAGUUCGAGCGUGUCGCCUGUUCGUGUCGGGCACUCUAGAAAUACUAGCACCGUGAGCGUGGCCUCUACAACUGGUAGUCGCAUUGGAGAGCUCUCGGCCGAAUUGAGGACGAAAUUAUCGUACGCUAUGGUGAAGGUUAAUAAUGGCUGGCAAGGACAUUCUAUUGACGAAGUCGAGUCACUCGCGUCGCAAGUCGCUUCUCCCACCUCGAGUACAUCGACAUUGUGUGGCAAAUAUGGUACAUCGGCAAGCCCACGCGUCCCCGCUACUACUACGAGGCAUAGAGCUUCAAGCAAUGUCACUAGCCCUACGACACAUCAUCCCUUACAAAAUCGCACCUACGAGUCAUUCUGGCGAGAAGGAAACAUGAAAUCAACUGCUUCAACAUCACCUAUUUCUCAAGUACCAGCUUUGGCCCCGCCCGCUCCUAUACAACCCCGCCAACCUGGUCAUGUCCAUCCCCGUCGUAGCUCCAAUGCAAGAUACGCACCGGCCUACUUAUCGCAUUCCCACCAUGCUUCUCCCCACACUCCAGCUCAACCAAGUCCACUACAAACUACGCCAGGUCCAGGAAGCGCAAGGACCCCCAAUGUUGACCCUAUACUCUUUUCUCCACACCAAAACGUACGAGAGCAGGAGGCGCUGGAAACAUUAAUGUUUAUGAGCAGUCCUGGAAAUUCAGCUAAUGUUAAGCAUGCAUUCCCUUCUUCUCUUCCCUCAUCGCAAUCAUCGCAACCAGUACAGCCAUUACAACCCCAGGCUCGAAGUAGUGGGCGAACAGCUCUCCCCACAUCGCGAUUAGGAUCAGGGGCUGAAGGCGGUAAUAGCCAAGGACGAAAAAGUUUACCAACAGCGCGGCCACAACAUCAUGGAUCUCAGGGAAAGCGUGUAGGAUUUGAGAAGUCUCCUGCCGGCUAUGGUGGAAUGGAUAUCGACGAGUUACACGGAUCUCCACACAGUAGAGGUACCCCUCGUCGGCGAACCAACGGAUCAGCUCCGAAACCAUCCGUCUCUAUUCCGGCGGGUUACAGCGGGUUAUCCCGGCCAAGGACGGCGCUACGGGGUGACGACAUAGAAAGAAUGCUUGAUCGAGUCGCUGCCGAUGAUAGUUCGGAUUCCGAGGGAGAGAUUCAUCUACCGCAAAGCAGAAGAGCAAACGGACCAGCCAUCGGGGCCUGACAUGAAGUUUUUCUUGAUACCAAUUGAGUUUGACCAUUUUCGUCAGUUAUCUCACGUAUAUAUAUAUUUCCUCCAAGCCUGUACCGUCUAAGGAUGGAUUUAAUUCUUAUUUUCCAUUUUGCACUUACGACCAUGAUGCAUUAACCUAUCGGAGCCUUUCAUGACACGAUACUGGGACUUUUAGGAGCUAUCGGUUGCAUUUACGGGGAGAUUUAUGAGCAUGAUGACUGGGCAGAUCUCUUUGAAAUGUAUAUGUUUGAGUUGAUGAUAUUUCUUUUCCGAUCCUACCUAGGCAGACAGUCAUGUAUUAUA